AAAUUUUCCUCGAUCAGCUGUUCAGAUAAAAUGGCCGCGAGGUGGAAGUAUCGUCAAAGAUGAGUAAUAUUCAUUUUCACAAUGGUUAAAAUAUACGUUCGUAAAUUCUUACACACGUGUACUUUAAUCAUCUGUAGUCUCACAGACUUGGUAAUCCGAUAUAUAAAAAGUUAUAUGAAAAUAUUAAUAAAAGAUUUGGAUGAGAAACAUAGUCCUGUCAAGAUUGUACAUCGUAGUGAGAACUUUUUGGUAGUCAAUAAGCCCUAUGAUAUGUAUAUAAAUAGUGACAAUCCUGACAGAAAGAAUACUUUGCAGUUAGAAUUAAAAAAGAUGCUACCAGACUUGGUUAAUCCAAAAUUAUGCCACGAAUUUCACUUUGUGCAUCGAUUAGAUUAUCCCACGAGCGGUGUCAUUUGCAUAGCAUUAAAUAAGAAAGCUGCUAGAGCAGCAUCAGUUGCCUUUGAAAAUCAUAAAGUGCAAAAAUUCUACUUGGCAUUGGUGCAUGGCCAUAUACAUGAGCCUUAUAUCAUAAUCAACAAAGCUAUAGGUGAUGAUAUUCGAGAGAAAAAUGGUAAUCACAAAAUGUGUACAAGUGAUAGUAUUUUUUGUGAAAAGCCACGUAGAUCCACUACUGUACUAGUAGUGUUAGAACAUGGUUUUUGGAAAAAUAAGGCUGCUACUAAAGUACUACUGGCACCUAGCACUGGUAGACGGCAUCAACUAAGAGUGCAUUGUCACUAUAUUGGACAUACUAUUAUAGGAGAUUAUACUUACAGUGAAGGCAAAGACACAGAGCCACACAGAACUUACCUUCAUUCUCUCAGGUUGAUAUUAAACUGUGAUAUUGAAAGUUUAGAUGUAAGAACAGCAGAUCCGUUUGAUGUCUCUGUAUUAUCCGAUUAUAAGGCGACAAAUAUAACAAAGAUUUUGGAUGAGAAUAUAUUUCGCGACAUAUACAAAUUAAUGGAAUAAAAUAGAGAGUUUUGUUAAAGCAUCAUAGAGAUUUAUUUAAUUGCCUUAACUCCAGAUCUAUUAACUUCAAAAUUGAAGGUAAUCCUUGGCAAGUGUGAGGCUAGCAUUAUGCAAGCGUAUCGUGUGGAAUUUCUUCUAUAAAAACGUAUAGAAGAGGUAAUCAUGCUUAACCACAGACCUACAAAUAUAUAAGGAUUAAUACAUGAUAUAUGACAGAUGAAUGCAUAUAUAACAUAUUUUUUUUACCUGAUUGAUGCAGAUUACACACAAGUCACCAUUUUUACCUAAUUCAUGCAAUUGUCUUCCAAC